GUCACUUGACUUCCGGUUCCGGGAUCCCGACUGCUGUCUGAAAGCUUAGAGUUGUGGGCGAGCUGUCCGGCCAAUUUUGGGGGUUCGGGGUUCGCUGGAAGUCUUUUGCUGCAGCAAUGGCAGCCUCCACUGCGGCCGGGAAGCAGAGAAUACCCAAAGUGGCCAAGGUAAAAAAUAAAGCCCCCGCUGAGGUGCAGAUAACUGCUGAACAACUUUUAAGAGAAGCUAAAGAGAGAGAACUUGAGCUUCUUCCACCUCCACCUCAACAGAAGAUCACAGAUGAAGAAGAAUUAAAUGAUUAUAAACUAAGGAAAAGGAAGACUUUUGAAGAUAACAUAAGAAAAAACAGGACUGUGAUUAGUAACUGGAUAAAAUAUGCACAAUGGGAAGAGAGUCUAAAGGAGAUUCAAAGGGCUCGAUCCAUAUAUGAACGUGCUUUAGAUGUGGACUAUCGAAAUAUUACACUCUGGCUGAAAUAUGCGGAAAUGGAAAUGAAGAAUCGCCAGGUCAAUCAUGCCCGAAAUAUCUGGGACCGAGCCAUAACAACUCUGCCUCGAGUCAACCAAUUUUGGUACAAAUACACGUACAUGGAGGAGAUGCUGGGAAAUAUUGCUGGUGCCCGGCAGGUGUUUGAACGCUGGAUGGAAUGGCAGCCUGAGGAGCAAGCCUGGCACUCCUACAUCAACUUUGAGCUGCGAUACAAAGAGGUGGAUCGGGGCCGCACCAUUUAUGAACGAUUUGUACUUGUUCACCCUGAUGUUAAGAACUGGAUCAAGUAUGCCCGCUUUGAAGAAAAACAUGGCUAUUCUGCCCAUGCACGUAAAGUGUACGAGAGAGCUGUUGAAUUCUUUGGAGAUGAACAUAUGGAUGAACACCUUUAUGUUGCCUUUGCCAAAUUUGAAGAAAAUCAGAAAGAAUUUGAAAGGGUACGAGUGAUCUACAAGUAUGCCCUGGAUAGAAUUUCAAAACAAGAAGCCCAAGACCUCUUUAAAAAUUAUACCAUCUUUGAGAAGAAGUUUGGAGAUAGACGGGGUAUUGAAGACAUCAUUGUGAGCAAACGGAGGUUCCAGUAUGAAGAAGAAGUGAAGGCUAAUCCACACAAUUAUGAUGCAUGGUUUGAUUACUUGCGCUUGGUGGAAAGUGAUGCAGAAGCAGACACUGUACGAGAAGUCUAUGAAAGAGCUAUUGCCAAUGUUCCACCCAUUCAGGAGAAGAGACAUUGGAAGCGCUACAUCUACCUUUGGAUCAACUAUGCACUCUACGAAGAACUGGAAGCAAAGGAUCCUGAGAGGACAAGACAGGUGUAUCAAGCCUCUUUGGAACUAAUUCCUCAUAAAAAGUUCACGUUUGCCAAAAUGUGGUUACUAUACGCACAAUUUGAAAUAAGACAGAAGAAUUUACCAUUUGCCAGAAGAGCAUUGGGAACUUCCAUAGGCAAAUGUCCAAAGAACAAAUUAUUUAAAGGUUACAUAGAAUUGGAGCUACAGCUUCGAGAAUUUGACAGAUGCCGGAAGCUUUAUGAAAAGUUCCUGGAAUUUGGACCUGAAAAUUGUACCUCUUGGAUUAAAUUUGCAGAAUUAGAGACAAUCCUUGGCGAUACUGAGAGAGCCCGUGCAAUCUAUGAGUUAGCCAUCAGCCAGCCACGCUUAGACAUGCCAGAGGUGCUCUGGAAAUCAUAUAUUGAUUUUGAAAUUGAGCAGGAAGAAACAGAAAGAACACGCAAUCUUUAUCGACGAUUGCUUCAACGGACACAACAUGUCAAGGUAUGGAUCAGUUUUGCUCAGUUUGAGUUGUCUUCAGGGAAAGAAGGCAGUUUGGCUAAAUGCAGACAAAUUUAUGAAGAGGCUAACAAAACCAUGCGUAACUGUGAAGAAAAAGAAGAGAGACUUAUGCUGCUGGAAUCUUGGCGAAGAUUUGAAGAUGAAUUUGGAACUGCAUCAGAUAAGGAGAGAGUGGACAAACUCAUGCCAGAGAGAGUCAAGAAGAGAAGGAAAGUCCAGGCUGAUGAUGGGUCUGAUGCAGGCUGGGAAGAAUACUAUGAUUACAUCUUUCCAGAAGAUGCUGCCAACCAGCCGAACCUCAAACUCCUGGCCAUGGCCAAACUUUGGAAGAAACAGCAACAGGAAAAGGAGGCUGCCGAGCAGGACCCAGAUAAGGACAUGGAUGAGAAUGAAUCUUGAUCUUCUUGUUCAUAUUGAUGGUUUUAUUUUUAUAAAUUAAUAGUUUGAUAGUCUUGUGACUCCUGUAAGUUUUUUUUUUAUAUUUCACCAGUAAUGAACUGAUUGAAAUCUUUGGCAGCUACUUUUUGAAAUUAUUCUUAAAAUUCUCCUGGGCUAGUUAGGUGUGGGGGGGGUGGUUGAGUGAAAGAAUUUUUUUAACUGCUUGAUUUUUUUGACAGAAUCCAAACGUUUUUUGUCUACAUAGUACAUUAGGAAAUCUAAGUAAGGUAAUGUUUAGCAUCUACUUUAGAUGGAAAUACAGGCUUUUGAGUUUUCUAGAAGUUUUCAAGUUACAUUCUACAGGAACUUUUAAGGUGUAGUUUUCUCAUGACUAUCUUUUUCAUAAAGAUUUAAUGCAUUCAUCUGAAACUUUUUUCUUUCAUGUCUUUAGUCACAUGAACUUGAGUUCCAGUCCCAGCUCCACUUAGUGAUAAAUAAUUCAACCUUUAUUUUCAGUUUCUUCACUCAUAAAAUGAGCUAAUACUCUGCCAACUCAUUUUGCAGAUUACAUUAGAUGACAACUAGACCUAAUGCAUUAGUAAGUGCUCAAUAAAAUGUCCAUUCCUGUCUAUGGUCAUACCAUCCUGAACACACCCGAUCUCAUCUAAAAUGUUCCUUCCUUAUAGAAUUGAAUGUGCUUGGAUUAAUUUCUAAAGUUCCUACUUUUGUGACCAUUUAUAUUAACUGCGUUUCAAAACAUUAGUUCAAAAAUAAUUUACAGUGACUACGUAUUUCUGAACAAGGUUUUUUUACUGAGAACAUAUCAGUUAAAUUUCAGUUAUGCCCUAGUUUCCCAGAUUGGUUGAGCUCUGUAGUGGCUUGUUUAAAAAAUGGUAAUGUCUGCCAUAAAAAUGAUGUUCCAUAUUCAAGUUUGUGAAAUCCUAAAUUAAGGGUUAAUUAAGCCUUAUUAGUGAAAUCCCUUAUUGGCUUCUCAGAGUCUUUGAUGUGCUGCUGUAUAUAUCAAUUCCAAUAACAAUGCUGGCAUAUUCCCCAAACUUACUGGGCAAGGGACUCAUUUCUACCUAGUGUACCAAUAAAUAUCUCCUAGCAUCCUAUAGUAGAAAAUGUCUGCCCAUAACACCUGAUACAUUAAACUUACCCCUGCUUUAGCACAUGUGAAAAACACCCAAGGUAACUAAAUUAUUUGUUAAAUAUAACUUAAAUAGCACAAGGAGAGUGUAUUUGAUGAUACAUUACAUUCUAAAGCAAAAAAUAUUUGCCUUAAUUAAAAUAUUUACUUCAAUCUGGCCUAUAUUUCUCAAGCCUAUCUUUUCUCCUUCUGUUCACUCCCCAAGCUACUGGACUAGAACUGUGUAUCUUCAAGACUGUUUUGUUUUUUUUUUUACCUAUAAGGACAAUUAGCAUAAUUAUUAUCUGUAAAUUUAAUUGGGAAAAUUUACUAAAUUUGCAAAUAUAUUACUCAUCCACAGGAAUAAGUUAGUCAAUAUGUUACUAAGUUUUAUCUUGAAAAUAAGGUAGUUUUUGAGGGCAGAACAAAAGAGGACUGUUAGGAUAAAAGGGAAACCUGUCUUCAGCCUCACUGAUUCAGUCAUUGGACCAGUAUCAGCAGUUGUGGUAUCAGGUUCUGACUGCUGAGGAGUAAGGUCUGCCAGAUCAGUGAAGAGGAACAUUUGUGAUUUUAACAUCCUUUGGCAAAGUGCCGAGUCAAAGGGUGAGAUGAAAACAAGUCAAAAUGCUACAAGAGUGACUACUCAUAGAGUCUAGCUAAAAUUCUGUUUGUUGCUUGUAUGUGUAAGAAAAGAAAAUUGGUGAUCAUGUUUUCAAUGCAAACUCUUUUAACACUUUCUGGGAAGUGCCAUUAAGGAGAUGCAUAAAGGAAAAAGUUUUUCUUUCAUGGUAGAUUACAUAAAGAAUUCACUUCUUGAUCAUCUUUAACUCUACCAAAAUAAGUUCUUUCAAAAGUAAAAGCUCUUUAAUAAUCAUUUCUGUGGGUUUUUCUUUAGCUACUUCUUUUACUCAAUAUUUUCCGAUUAUUACAGGGGAUUAAAAUUACACAUGAGAAUAUGUGAUUGGCCUAUGAUCCAGUUACAUGGCCUUCAGUAAUUAGGUUCUUUUUCCCCUUUAAAUAAAUUUCAGCAUCUUAUUAUUUUUAAAGGCAGGAUUUAAGGAAAGUAUUUAUGGGACAAAACAAAGAAUCCAGGACUAAGAGUAUGAAAACAAGUAACUGGGAAGAAUUUAUUUUGCAUUAAGAAGGAAGCUUCAGUAUGCCAGGCAGGGAGUGUCUUAAGUAUGCAUGUUAAAAAUGGAAACAACUGUACUUUGAACAACAACAACAAAAAAAAUUUAUAUAUAUAAACCAAAAACUUAAUGGAGGAACAAUAUAUCCUAAAUGAUACUUUCUCAAUCCUAAUUUAGCUUUACAAACUUCCAGGAAACAUUUACAGCAUCAGUAGUGCAUUUUAUUAUACAUCUUAAAUUUAGCAUUUCAUAUAUGCUUUUUAAAGCUUCACUCAACAAGUCAGUACAAAAUAAAAUUAUAUAUAUAUGCACGCAGCAGUGGUUCUCAGGCACAGAAUUUAGGAGACUGGAGGAAGUUUUUUUUUUCCCUAGCAUCUUAUGAACCAUGAUAGUAGACUGUUUCCUUCUGACUUAGCUGCCUUUCUGACUGAAUUUUAUCACAGUGGACAGCUUUAGUAGGUAUGAUAUUGCUAACUGAAAACAAUGAGAUUUAGAAUGUUUUCUUGAAAUUGUUAAGACCUAAAUGAAUAUUUUUCUCUAACAGAGCUCUAAGAUUAUCCAGUGGGAAUAAUAUUGUCCGUAAAAUAUCUGGAAUAUCAGCCUAAGAACCACUGCCCAGGGUUAUUCAAUGUCUUCUGGCCUCACAGGAUGAGGUAGUGGUAUGAUGGAUUUCUUCUCAGUGUCCCUGGAAAGUGCUUUCCUCAUAUCUGUUAGGAAGCAAAGUUUAAUGUAAGUACUAUAAUUUCAAACUAUUUUAUAUCAAAUUUAAAGUAUACAGGCAAGUUUCCCAUAAGAGGUUUUGUCCCCUACCCCAACUUUCACCAGAUUCUAAGAGAAAUAAAUGUCUUUAUAUAAUCACAAGUAACCAGAUACUAACCAAACCCUAACUGGGAUUCAGCUUUUAAUACAAAUGUUCUUCUGACAGAAUCUUAGUAAAAGAACAUGCCUGUAAUGUAGUAAGACAAUAAUUGAUAGUAAUUAGUUAUGGGUUAGCUAAUAUAAAUUAACUAGUGAUAGACCUGUUAAGGCAGAAUAUAGGAAAUUUAAAUAUUAUGUACCAAAUUUAAAAUACUAUAUUCCAACAAAUAUAAUUAUUUUAAGUUUAUUAUAAUAAUUGAAUAUUUCAGUCUGUAGAAUGAAUGUAAAUGUUUGGCUUCCUAUUUGGGUUUCUGCCAGAGAAGGGAGCUUACCAUAAGCGUCCUCGUCCGGCUCCCCGUUGCUGGCUGAGUAGUACUCUAUGACCGUCCUGUAUACACUGUAGCCCAACUGCUUGUACAUGUUGACUGCAACUUGGUUAGAUACUCUUACAAAGAGGUCAACAAAAAAUCCACCUUUUCUUUAAAUU